CAUCAGAUCAGAGAAAAUAAUAUCAACACAAAUAAUAACGCAAUAAAUAUGGAGUUUCUAGUUAUUUAUUUUGCCUUUGACAAUGCAUUUGAAGCAGUCAAUAUGUCAAAGGUAGAAUGUGAUAAAACAGAGGCGGAAAUGGUGAAGGGAACUAAAUGCCAGGUACCUUUCGAGACCGAAAGCAUCAGUGAGGAUGGCAAAGACACUGUGGAGACAAAACUUUAUGAUGGCAUUAUUCUCUGUUCUGGACAAGUUAAAAAGAAAGCAGAAGAGUUGGCAAACCAAUGUCAAAAGAAAUUAACAGAUGGUCUACCAGUUCAGACAUUGUUUAAAGAUUUUCAAGCCAACACCAAAAGAAAUGCCUCAUCCAAAUUAACAGAGGCCAUAAAGGAGCUACAAGAUGAAGAACCAUGUCCAUCUGAGAAGAAGAAAGUGAAAAAGGACAAAGUCUCAACCAAGUCAACUAUUAAGUCUAAGAAAGUACAUGUAGCAACAUCAAAUGGUUCAGCAAAACCCGCCAAAAAAUCAACAGAUACAUGUAAGGCUACAGCUGUUAAGAGUGCUCUUCAUCCUGAUAAGAUGGCUGAAAUUUCAGCAAUGUUGAACAUAGAACAGUCUCAAGGAAAAGAAGAUCUAAAUUUGGUUAAAGUUAUGAGCAGUACUACUUGUACUUCAACACCUAAAAGACAGGACAUAUGCAGCCCAAAAAAGACAGUCACUUCUAUGUAUGAAGAUAUAUCACCUGUUAAACAGACAGUUACAAUUGAUCCCAUAUCAAUUGCAAGUUUAAGGCGCUCACCAAGAAAACACUGUAGUUCAGUUCUGUUUACCCACAAAUUGGAUGAUGCAGUACAAAUACAUGUACCAAAAGAAAACAUAUCAACAAUAGGCCAGUCAACUGACAAAUGGGAUGGUGUUUUUGUCGACUCAGUUAAUAGCAUCUAUGACAUGGACAAGAAAGAAGUGCAUGAAUUGCAUUCGAACUUUGGGAAAGAAACUGAUGAGUUUGAAAAACUUAACAAUGAUCAUGACAUGCCAACAGACAGUAGUCAAGAGCAGACUAAAAAGGAACUUAUAUGUAAUCUUCUUGGAAUAACCAAAGAGGAAGCAGCCACAACCAGCAUGGUAUUGGGAAGGUUGUCAAAAAUACUAGGUGGUCAUGAUUUUAUUAGUUCAAAUAAUACUCCAUUUAAACCACCCAGCAUGCCUAGUAUCUUUAACAAUGAUCCUGAUGAAAUUAAUGAACCCGAUGUCAGUAGCAUUAUCAACACAGAGAAUGAUUCAAUAGUGGACAUGAGUACAGAAGAACAAGACAAUUCGCAAUCUACUUGGAGCUCAAAGGACAGCUGUAAUGUUAGUCAAAACAGUUCAAAUGCAUGUUCUGAGGCUGAAUCUUCAAACUCUAGGAUUAGAGGAUCCAAACCCGAUGACAAGCAGCUGACUGUUCUUAUAAAAGACUCCUUGGACCCUAACAAGUUCAAGGAUGUUCUAGUAGUAAAAACUGAGGAAAGACAUGCACGUUUGCAGGCCAAAUCUUCAAAGAGACCAGCCAUAGCCUUAUUGAAUGCUAUAUUGACAUGUGUUUUCACCAAAGCAGAAUUAGCUGUUUCUUCUGGACUAGGCAUCAGAAAGAUGAAAGGAGAAGUAGCUAGUUGCCCGUUGGAUGGUACAAAAAUUGAAGCAAUACGAGAGUAUAUCAUGUACCAUUGUACGCGUGAGGGAUGGCAGCUGCCUUCUAAAGUUGAAUUUAAUACAACAAUAACCAACAAAGUUACAAUCUGCAGAAGGAAACUGUUAACUCAUCCAGUGCUCAAGAAAAAAUCUUGUUGAAUUACAAUUAAUGUACAUUUGGAUAUGGACAUACACAACAAUCAACUGGAUUAUUUGCGUCAUAAUUUUUCUUUACAUAAAUUUAUACAUGUGUUGAGUGAACAUGGCUUUUAUAUACACAUGUAUUUAUAAGAUGGAAAUUUUUUAGUGUUGUCUUAAUAAUAGUGUGAUAGAAUUAUGAAUUCUAGCUAAGCUAUCCAUUCUCUUUUAAAAAAGUGGCAGGAUUCUAUUAAGUGUGUGUAUAAAAGUGAAAGAUGGGUCCUUGUACUAUUUAGCAAAGAACACAAUAACAUUUAGAUAUUUGCAUACAUGUACAUGAAUGUGCAUUAGUGGCACACAAUAUAUAUUGAAAGUAAAUACAAUGUAUAUUUGUAUAUAUGGGAUAUAGUUUAUAUGGAAAAUGUGUUUAUUGAGAAGUAUAAGUUUAAUUCUUAUUGAGGUAAGUUGCUGUAUUGCCAUGAAUAUUACUUUAUCAAGUUUCCUGCCAGCUAGCUAUAUCUGACUAUAAAACCCUAUUUUGAAUACAUGUAUAUAAAAAUGUAGGUUGUUAAACAUGCAUGGUGACUGGACACAUCCCCCCUUAGAAUAAAGAUCUGAUGAAAAUACUUUUUUUAUAUUGAAAGACCAUUUUUAAUUACAUAUAUAAUGGUAUAUACAUUUGUGUACUUUGUCAAACUGCUAUACAUAUAUAUUUAACAUGUUCAAUGUAACUAUUAAUUCAAUGAGCUAAAUCUUUUUCAUUAAAACAAAACAUUUGGUACUUAUAAAUCCUCAGUGCCCCUUAAUUCAUGCUAAUUUACUGGUGUAAAUAAUAUUUUUUUAAAUGAUUUUAAUGAUCACUUAAUUUCAUGUAAAUGUACUGUAUGUUCUUUAUAUGAUGUGUUUUGAUAUUUUGAAUUAUUAGCUGAUCAGUUCAUAUAUCAUGAAAAUUAUGCUUAAAUUACAUUUCUAAUAAUUUGAUUACCAGUACGUAUCAUGAUAUUCAAUGUUAAGCUAUGAGCUACAUACAUAUAUAGCUAGAAAAUUGAUUUCCAUUUCUUGAAAUUACAUAUAUAUUGCAUGCAUUUUAUUCUGACAUCAAUAUUUGUUAUCAUAUUGAAAAGCUAAACAUAUUAUUUAAGUUACAUGUACUUCAGGAUUGUUAAUUAAUAAAAAUAAAUUUGU